AUGGGGAGAUCCCAGACCGCGACCCUCCCGCUGAUUCCUCUCCCUCGCGGGACUGUCCUGCUCCCCGGCCUCGCCUACCGCGUCACCGUCAACUCUAGCCGCCCCGACCUGCCGGCCCUUCUCGCCUACGUCUACGAGCUCGCCGCAUCAAAGGGCCCGGAUGGCCGCAUCGAUUCCAUCCCGAUAGCGUGUGUGCCGGUGUCUUCCCCGCUGGUCGGCCCGGACGGCCAGCUGCUCAUCACCAAUGGCGAGGACCCAGAGAGUGCCCGUGUCGACUCGGUCAACCCGGGCACCGCAAAGAAGGACGAUCUGUUUGGCUUUGGAGUCGCUGCCAAGAUCGUCGGCAUCGAUGGACGCGGAUCCGGCGAGUUCGCACUGCGCGUGGAGGGCACGAGUAGGAUUAGACUGGACGCAAUAGUUCGCGAGCGUCCUUUCUUCGAGGCCAAGGCGACUUACUAUGAAGACGAAGUCGAUGUCACCGACAAGCAGCUGCAAGACCUGUUCAGCCUGCUAAAAAUGCGCUCAAGAGAGCUGGUGACGAUCCUACGCAUCUCGUCAUUGCUCCCGCGCACAGGCGGCCCUGCUCUCUCACCCGCCGUCACAAAACGAUUAGAGAUGCUCAUUAUGAGAAGGGAGUUGAAGGAGGCUGGGCUGCUGGCUGAUUUCAUGGCCAACCUUCUCGAUGGUACCCAUGAAGAAAAGCUCGGCAUCCUAGCCGCCCUGGAUAUCAAGGUCAGGCUCACCAAGGUUAUCGAGCUCCUGGAGCGCCAGGUUGGCGGUAUCAAGAACAACUUCAAGAUUACUACAUUCACAACAGUCCCGGUCCAAAUCAUCGAUCGAUUAAAUGAGAACCCUACUAGGAGGCCAAAUACGAUGCCUCCAAUGGCCGGCAUGGGGCUUUUGCCACCUCCAGGAGGGAACGAUCAAAACGAAGACCAAGACGCCAACGAGCUUGACGAGCUCAAGAAGAAACUGCAGGCAGCAAAUUUGCCACAAGAAGCCUCCAAGUCCGUGGAUAGGGAACUGCGCCGGCUGCAGAGAAUGCCGCCCAUGAAUCAAGAAUACCAGGUCACGAGGAAUUGGCUGGAGACGAUAUCGGAAAUCCCCUGGACCGCGGCCACAAAUGAUCGGCUCGGGGCUGAUACGCUAACCAAAGCUCGGCGGCAGCUUGAUCUCGACCACUAUGGCCUAGACAAGGUCAAGAGGAGGCUCAUCGAGUACCUGGCCGUCUUGAGAUUGAAGCAGUCCAUCAAUGACGAUAUGGAGGAGCAGAUUCGCAAGGCCGAAGCUGAUGCCGCUGUUGCUGAAAAGGCAAUCACCGACGGCAAGAGCAGCGACACCGCCGAAGUAGCAGAAGACGUUGCUCAAAACGACGCCAGUCGACAAGAGGCGUCCGAAUCCGAACUCGCCAAGCUCCAAGUGCUCAAGUCCAAGCGCACAGUCGACAAGUCGCCCAUCAUGCUCCUCAUCGGACCCCCCGGCGUAGGAAAAACCAGCCUGGCCAAAUCGGUUGCAACUGCUCUGGGCCGCAAGUUCCACCGCAUCUCCUUAGGCGGUGUCAGAGACGAAGCUGAAAUUCGUGGCCACAGGAGGACUUACGUGGCGGCCAUGCCCGGACUCAUCGUGCAAGGCCUCAGAAAGGUCGGUGUGGCGAACCCAGUCUUUCUGCUCGACGAGAUUGACAAGAUUGGUUCGGCGAGUGUACACGGCGAUCCCUCGGCCGCCAUGCUCGAGGUUCUAGACCCGGAGCAGAACCACAACUUCCAGGAUCACUACGUCGGCAUGCCGGUCGAUUUGUCCAAGGUCCUCUUCAUCGCCACCGCCAACAGCCUGGACACCAUCCCCGGUCCUCUGUUGGACCGCAUGGAGAUGAUCUAUCUUCCUGGCUACACCACGCUUGAGAAGCGCCACAUUGCCAUCCAGCAUCUGAUCCCCAAGCAGCUCCGGUCCAACGGACUGGCGGAUGACCAGGUCGAGUUCAGCCAGGAGGUGGUAUCCAAAAUCAUCGAGUCGUACACCCGUGAGUCAGGGGUUCGCAAUCUGGAACGUGAAAUUGGCUCUGUAUGUCGCGCCAAGGCUGUCGAGUACGCAGAGGCGAGAGACAAUAACGCCCUGGAGACGUACCGGCCGCAGCUGACGCUUGAUGACAUUGAGCAGAUUUUGGGCAUUGAGAAGUAUGAGGAGGAAAUCGCCGAGAAGACCAGUCGUCCGGGCAUUGUAACGGGACUUGUGGCCUACAGCACCGGUGGCAACGGCAGCAUCCUCUUUAUCGAAGUUGCUGACAUGCCCGGCAAUGGACGAGUACAGCUUACGGGCAAGCUGGGCGACGUUCUCAAGGAGAGUGUUGAAGUUGCCCUCACCUGGGUCAAAGCCCAUGCCUAUGAACUGAGCCUUACCUCUGAUCCACACGUCGAUAUCAUGAAGGAUCGCAGUAUUCACGUCCACUGCCCUUCAGGAGCGAUUCCCAAGGAUGGACCCAGCAGUGGUAUCGGCCAGGCCAUUGCCUUGAUCUCACUAUUCUCUGGCAAACCAGUGCCACCUACGAUGGCUAUGACGGGCGAGAUAUCCCUCCGCGGCCGAGUCACCGCUGUCGGAGGUAUCAAGGAAAAACUCAUCGGUGCCCUCCGAGCGGGGGUUAAGACGGUGCUACUCCCAGCACAGAACCGCAAGGACGCCAAGGAUCUUCCUCAGGAAGUCAAGGAUGGCCUAGAGAUACUCCAUGUAAACCACAUUUGGGAUGCGAUCCGACUGGUCUGGCCUGAUUCCCACUGGGCCGAAGAUCACCAGUACGCUGGCAUCGAGAGUCGUCUAUAA